AUGAAGAAAGAAGUUGAGAAACGAGAAAAAUCAAUCGAUCUCUUGAUCAAUGCAGUUAAAAUGCAAGGACAAUCGAUCCAUCCAACUGGUGGCAAUAGUCUUCAAUCCAUCUCUCAAGCUCUCUUACAACAAGGACAACGUGAAGCUGAAGACGUCUUACGUACCAACGUGAUUGGAACUUAUUUCGUCAUUGCUACUUUAUUACCUUUACUUGGUAAUUCGUCUCAUAAUCCUCAAAUCAUCAAUGUUGCUGGUGUUGCUGGUCUUUCUCGUGAAUUUUCCGAAGGUCUUAUCGAACCUGCUUCUCAAGCUGCCAUCAUUCAUAUGUCAAAGACUUUAUCAACUCUUUUGGCUAGAACUAAUGUUCGUUGUAAUGUCAUUGCUCCUGGAAUUUUCCCAGGUGGAGACAAGAAUCAACAUGGAAAAGAUCAACAAUCAAUGUCAUCUAUGAAAGAAAUGAUCUCACGAGUUCCAGCCGGUCGAGCUGGUGCCGAAAAAGAUAUCAGCACUUUAAUCCUCUGCUUAUGUAGCGGAUUCCAAACUUAUGUUUCUGGAGCUGUGAUCCCUAUCGAUGGUGGUCUUCUUACUCAAGUUCCAUGUUGUUAUUGA